UGUGUAUAUAACCUAAGAAAUGUAAAAUUGUGACACAGAUUUGUUGAUGUUUGUUUUGCACUUAUGAUCCGACUUUUUCCAAAAUAUAAUCAGUUUUUCUAGUACUGUGGCAUAAUAAAUCAAUCAUUAACUAUGCCUGGGUGGUACUACGAAAAGCGUGAGCUGAGGGUAACUCCCUCAUCGUUGGAAGGAAUAGAUUACAACACGGAGAUGCGGUACCGUAAGGAAGGGGCCCGUUUUAUCAUAGACAUGGGUUUAAAAAUGGACCUUGGGUACAACACUACAGCCACUGGUGUUGUUUACUUUCACAGAUUUUACAUGUUUCAUUCAUUCAAGCAGUUUCCGAGAUAUGUGACUGCUUGUUGUUGUUUGUUUUUGGCUGGCAAAGUUGAAGAGACACCGAAGAAAUGUAAAGAUAUUAUAAAGACUGCUAGAAGUUUGCUGACUGACAGUAAAUUUGCAACAUUUGGGGAUGAUCCCAAAGAAGAAGUGAUGACUUUGGAAAGAAUUCUUUUGCAGACCAUUAAAUUUGAUUUACAAGUUGAACAUCCUUACAGCUACUUAUUGAAGUACGCCAAGUGUUUGAAGGGAGACAAAACAAAGCUGAAUAAAAUGGUGCAAAUGGCUUGGACUUUUGUCAAUGACAGUUUAUGCACCACACUAGCCCUACAGUGGGAACCAGAAAUUAUUGCAGUGGCAUUAAUGUAUCUGGCAGGAAAGUUAAGCCAGUUUGAUGUUAUUGACUGGGUAGGGAGGACUCCAAAGCACUUGAGGUGGUGGGACAUGUUUGUUGAGGAUGUUACAAUGGACUUGUUGGAGGAUAUUUGUCAUCAAGUUUUGGAUUUGUAUUCACAAACGCCGGCUUCGUCACAAGACAGCCCUCCGCCUUCACAGCGUCGUCCAACGCCUCCACCACCGGCUACGCCGCGUCCAUCCAACGGCCAACCGAAACCGGUAUCGCCCGAACAACCGCCACCACUCAACACAAAAAUUCCACCGCCAUCGGACCUUCCGCCAUACAUGUACGGUACAUUCACCGGCGCUCCGCCACCGGUGCCCGGAUUCCCAUAUUCCACUCCAUUGACGGCACCGCCGGUACCACCACACCUCGCAGCUCCACCACCGGGACCGCCGCCAAAUAUUGCGGCUCCACCACCGGCCGUUUUUCCGUUCGUACAUCCGCCACCGUUCGCGCCGCCCGGCGUAGCGCCCGGGCCUGCGUUCUAUCAACCGACGCCGCCGCCAAAUCCGCCCCACAGGCAGUUCUACCCGCCCACUCAGUAAACAAAUAAUGUGAUUUUUAUAUUACAUUUUUUGAAGUCUUCUGAGGAAUUUUAUUUUAGAAUGGAUGAUUUAAGUAAGUGAUAAAUCGUAAAAAUAAGUUAUAAAUUUAUUUUAUAUAAAACGUGUAUGAAACAUGAAAUUGUAAAUAAAUUAAUGUAAAUCAAUAAAAAUCUGGUUCAUUCAAAGUCUUAACGAGUUUUAGUUUCCUCAUCUCGGCCUUUUUCAUUAGUUUUU